AUGGAUUUGGAAGGCGGGGAUUCUCCAUGGGGCGAUGUGCCCUCACAGUCGACUGGCAACCUCGGUUCGCCACGGUCGGACACAGAAGGAGCAGCUCCGGAGCAACCAACACAGCAAGACACCGCGCGCUCAUCGGUACGACGAGGCCCCCGGGCCAGAGGCAAGAUCAAUGCACAGGCAACAAAACUAGAGGCGGUUGACGAUACAUUUGAUCCUCUCGGUCCGCUCGGUGACAAGCCCGUCGAAAGCAGCCCAACUAGCACCGAACAAGCCCCCAUACCACCCCAGAAGGAAGCUUUUGCGGGUCGCAAUGUGCGUCCGACCUCGUCCGCAUCCCAAGCGUCCAGUGGCGCCGGUAUGAUGGACUCGGUAAACCUGGAAGAGGAUGGCACGGGAUUUAGAAACCCCCCGCCGGUUCAACCUCCAAGCGAUGCGGAAUCCGUAAAGAGACAACAACAGCCGAGCGUUAGCGUGGAGAAAGCUGCCCACCCGACUUUUGAUAUCUCCGUCGGUGAUCCUCACAAAGUCGGUGAUCUAACCAGUAGCCAUAUAGUGUACCAAGUCAGGACCAAGACGACCUCGAAAGCGUAUCGUCAGCCCGAAUUUACUGUCAGCCGGCGCUAUCGAGAUUUCCUAUGGCUCUACAACUCCUUGCACAAUAACAACCCCGGCGUAGUCGUGCCUCCCCCGCCCGAGAAGCAGGCGGUGGGCCGCUUUGAUACCAACUUUGUGGAGUCAAGAAGAGCUGCGCUGGAACGUAUGCUUAACAAGACGGCUACGCAUCCUAUCCUCCAACAUGAUGGGGAUCUGAAGAUCUUCCUCGAGAGCGAAGCGUUCAAUGUGGAUGUUAAGAACAAAGAGAACAAGGAGCCUGACUUGGGUCAGAGCAAGGGCAUGUUUAGUUCAUUUGGUAUCAGUGUUGGUGGAGGUGGAAAGUUUAUCGAGCAUGACGACUGGUUCCACGACCGAAAGAUCUAUUUGGACGCACUUGAGAACCAGCUUAAGGCAUUGAUGAAAGCCAUCGACACAGUUGUGGCCCAGCGAAAGGGCUUGUCAGAGGCUGCUGGUGAAUUCUCUGUCUCAAUACAGUCAUUAGCCGCCGUUGAGCUGUCCCCGCUUCUCUCUGGCCCUCUUUAUGGGCUAUCGGAUCUCCAGCUACGUAUUAAAGAACUUUACGACCGCCAGGCGCAGCAGGAUGUGUUGACGCUAGGUAUUACAAUUGACGAAUAUCUCCGCUUGAUUGGUAGCAUCAAAACGGCAUUCUCCCAGCGUCAAAAGGCCUAUCAUAGCUGGCAUACAGCCGAGUCGGAGUUGCAGAAACGUAAGAACAGCCAAGAGAAACUUCUUCGACAAGGAAAGUCACAACAAGACCGGCUGAACCAAGCCAACGCGGACGUGGCGGAUGCAGAAAGGAGAGUUCAUCAGGCAAGGCUGCUAUUCGAGGACAUGGGCAGGUUGAUGCGAAAUGAGCUGCAGAGGUUUGAGAAGGAGAAGGUGGAAGACUUCAAGUCUGGGGUGGAAACAUUCUUGGAAAGUGCUGUGGAAGGUCAGAAGGAGCUAAUCGAGCUUUGGGAAACCUUUCUCCUGCAGCUUGAUGCAGGCGAGGACGACACUCCUUUCUACCCACCUGGCUCUGAACACAAUGCCUCUGCAGAAUCGGCUCCAGAGGGGCCUACUGAAACUGCCUCAUCGACAGCUGAAGAGGCAUAA